AUGCCUUGGCACAUCAAUGGCUUCCAGGGCUGCUGGGCAGAGGCUCUGGGCCUGGCCUAUGAGAGGGCCAGCUUGUUGGACAUGGGACUAAUGCGGUUACUCACUGAGAGUCUGCAUCAUCAGAAGAAGGCCUUUUUUCAGCAAUGCUUCCAGUUCCUGAUUCUGUUCUGCCUGGCCUUGGUCUUGUGCUAUAUGCUGUCCAGCAGCUUUCUGUCACUCAAGAACUUUUUAGAACAGAACAGAAGUGAAGAGCCUCCUGGACAACCUGGUGCUACUGGGUGGUACCAGUACCACCAAGCUUAUCCAAAGAACUACCACUUUGUGAUGGAUAAUGCAGACAUUUGCACGAAGAAGACCCCUUUCCUGGUCCUCAUGGUCCCGGUGUCACCAGAUGACGUGGCCGCUCGGGAUGCCAUCCGGCAGACGUGGGGUAACAACAGUCUGGUUCAGGGCGAGGUGGUAGUCACUCUCUUCAUGCUGGGUCUCUCUCACAGAGCUGAUGCUGAGACGCUGAAACAGGAAAACCUACAGCACAUGGACUUGAUUCAGAGUGACUUCUUGGACACUUACCUCAACCUGACCAUCAAAACGAUGGUGAUCAUGGACUGGCUGGCCACACGCUGCUCAGAGGCAGCCUACGCCAUGAAGGUCGACUCUGACAUGUUUCUGAACAUUGACAAUCUGGUGAUCAUGCUACAGAAGCCAGGUAUCCCCAGGGAGAACUACCUGACAGGGAUGCUCAUGUGGAACAGGCCUGUUAUCCGUUGGAAGUUCUCCAAGUGGUAUGUUUCUAAGGCGAUCUUCCCAGAAUCCACAUAUCCGACAUACACUCUUGGCAUGGGAUAUGUGUUUUCCAACGACCUUCCCAAGAAAUAUGUGGAGAUCUCAAAAUCCAUCAAACCCUUCAACAUAGAGGAUGCCUACAUUGGGAUGUGCAUGAAAAAGCUUGAUCUUGAGCUCACCUCGCCACCAGUUCCCUCCCAGUUUCAAGCCUACAAUAGCAGAUAUGAUCGCUGUGAAUUCUCCAAGGUCAUCACCUACAUUCUUGAUUCUCCAGAACAGUUGUUGGAGUACUGGACCGAUUUGAAGAAACCUGGACCACCUUGCACUGCCUGGGCCGGAGCCCCCUCCUGGAGCCUGCUCUACACCCGAGACCUGCUAGCCUGGGCCGGAGCCCCCUCCUGGAGCCUGCUCUACACCCGAGACCUGCUAGCCUGA